CCUUAAUUAUAUAAUUUGGGUAAAUAUUUGGGUUCUUUUUCUUGCGGUUGCCAUUGUUAAAAAAAUACCUAAAACAAAGAGGGACCUUUAUCCUCUGUAUCGCCCAUAAGGAUUAAAGAUUGAUUUGCAUUUUGGAUUUCCCCUAUCUCCAAUCUUUUUGUUUUUUUAAUCUCCUUAUCAAAUUUUCCCGCACUUUCCCAACCCAAAGGAAGGAAUUUUGUUUUUUCCCAGGAAAAAUGAGAUGGGAGAGGGUCCGACAACAGAACCAACAAGUGGGUCUCGGUGAUUCUUCUUCUUCCGGGCCCGGAAAGAGAUGGGGACACACUUGUAACGCCGUCAAAGGAGGCAGAUUUCUCUACGUUUUCGGUGGAUUUGGUAGAGACGACUGCUUAACCAAUCAAGUUCAUGUCUUGGACGCUGAAACCCAGAUAUGGACUCAGCCGGUAAUCAAAGGCGUACCGCCCUCUCCGAGAGACAGUCACAGCUGUACAACAGUCGGGGAUAAGCUUUUUGUGUUUGGUGGUACUGAUGGCAUCAAUUAUCUCAAGGAUCUGCACAUUCUAGAUACUUCUUCACAUACUUGGAGAAUCCAGGAUGUUAGAGGAGAAGGACCUGAGGGAAGAGAGGCUCAUAGUGCUGUGCUUGUUGACAAACGUAUCUUUAUAUUUGGCGGCUGUGGGAAAUCUUCUGGGUCGGAUGAUGAAGUGUUCUAUAAUGACCUUUACAUUCUUAACACAGAGACUUUUGUGUGGAAACGAGCUGUAACGACUGGGAAUCCACCCUCUGCACGAGAUAGCCACACUUGCUCAACGUGGAAGAAGAAAAUCAUUGUAGUAGGUGGUGAAGAUUUGAAUGACUAUUACCUCUCCGAUGUUCAUAUCCUUGACACAGAGACAUUUGUAUGGAAGGAGUUGAAAACUUCAGGGCAGUUGUUAACACCUCGAGCCGGUCAUGUCACUGUUGCACUUGAGAGGAACUUAUUUGUCUUUGGAGGGUUUACGGAUUCUCAGGAUCUUUAUGAUGAUCUCCAUGUGCUUGAUGUGGAAACGGGUGUAUGGUCCAAGGUAGUUUCCAUGGAAGAAGGGCCAUCUGCUAGAUUCUCUGCUGCAGCGGUUUGUUUAGGCCCUUACAAGGAUGGUUUGUUUUUGUUUCUUGGCGGCUGCAAUAAGAAUCUCGAGCCGUUGGAUGACAUUUACUACUUACACACAGAAGGCGGAUACGAUGCACGGGUUGAUCUAAAUCCAGGGAGGUUGUCUCUAAGGAAACAAAUGAAGCUAAAAUGUCAUUUAGCUGUGCCCGGGACCAAUACUGAUCAAGGAAGAGAGGAUCUCCUCCCUUUGAGCAUUGUGCCGAUUGACCAAGGAAAAACGAUUUUUCAAGCAAGGGUUACAGAAAACGUUCAUUCAGGUUACACUAUAGAAACGAUCAUUGAUGGAAAGGUGCUUCGCGGUGUUUUGUUUUCAAACAGGCACAGCUCUGUUCAAACGGCAGAUCCAAGUAGGCAAGUGAUAAGGCCUGCUGUGUCGUCGGAUGCCGAUUAUGAUCAUAGAGCAAAGUCUCAGAGAACUUUGAGCAAGGAUUCAGCAGGCAGUAGCCAGCAAGCUGAUCCUAUCGAUGAUGCUAGCAAGAACGUUGCAGAUUCAAACGAUAUGGACACACCCAUGAUUGACACUGCUGAUGCUAGUGCAAACACGGCGGGACCACAGGACGCAGAAACCGCUGCUGUGACCUCUGAUGUCAAAGAUCAAGAUCCUUCUCAAGUCGAUAUGGGCAUUGUGAACGCAGAACCAUCAGGGGUUACUCUUGAUCAGGCGAAUGUAGAGCCGGUGAGAAAUGAGAUAACAACAGACGUUGGUGAUGCUGCUAAAGCUGGACCUGCAGGAGAUUCUUUGCCACAAAACCAAGGUCGAUCGGUUAUAAAGUCUUAACUAAUUCUUUAUGAUGAACAACAGAUGAGGAAACAGUUACUACGGAAGAUGCAAACGCAGAGCAGCAACCACAACCUUCAUCAACAACAUGAAGGAUCUUUUUGGGGUUGUACAGUAGCAGCUGGAGAUAGGUUAUGGAUUAGAAGCUAGGGUAGAAGAAAGUUAAGGAUGAGUAGAAGAAACUAACUCUUGAGUUGAGGUCAUUUGUUUCUGUUUUUUUUUUUUUUUUUGUAUUUGAAGCUCUGCAAUACGAAACCAGCUUUACUCUGUUCUUACUGUUAUUAUUCAUUUUUUUUUUUCAUGAGCAUAG